AAGACAAUGAUGGCUCCAAAAUAUCUAGCUUUCCUUUUCACAUUUAUCAUCUUUAAUACUGUGGAUGGAGAAGAUACUAAAUUAAGCGAAUCAAUAAGUAGUGAAGGACCACAGUCCAUGCAGAGACGAUACUCGGAAGCUAUUUUAGCCAGUGAUUAUAGCAGAUCUGUGGAUAACAUGCUGAAAAAGAACUUUGUGGACUGGUUACUGGGCCGAAGAGAGAAGAAAAGCGACAAUAUUUCGGAAUCUGCCAAACGAGAGGCUGAAUUUCAGUACCCAGAACUGCACAUGAAGGACACAGACUUUAACUCAGAGUUAGAAGGUGGCAAGAACUUUCUCAACUGGUUGGCAAGGAACAGACAUGGAGAAAGCAGCUCAUACAAUGAAGCAAAGACUACAUUAUGUGAAGAAGUAUUGGAACUACUCAUGUCAACAAAUAUGUGCAGACUGAGAUUCUCGUAAUCAUUCAUUAUCUACUUAAUUCUUGAAGUAUGAUGUUUCGCAGCAGGACAAGUCAUGGAAAUGUUUGAUGCUCUAAUAAUUAUCAGUGUUCACUAUGUA